AUGGCCGCCAACAACAUGCUGAACCCCGCCGUCGACCCCAACAGCGAGGACGACCUCUUCGCCCGCGAGGUCGCCGAGGUCAAGCAGUGGUGGUCCGACCCGAGGUGGCGCUACACAAGGCGGCCUUUCACGGCCGAGCAGAUCGUGUCCAAGAGGGGUCACCUCAAGAUCGAGUACCCCAGCAACACCCAGUCCAAGAAGCUGUGGCGCAUCCUCGAGGGCCGCUUCCAGAACCGCGACGCCAGCUACACCUACGGCUGCCUCGAGCCCACCAUGGUCACCCAGAUGGCCAAGUACCUCGAUACUGUCUACGUCUCGGGCUGGCAGUCGUCGUCCACCGCCUCCGCCUCGGACGAGCCCGGCCCCGACCUGGCCGACUACCCCUACACCACCGUGCCCAACAAGGUCCAGCACCUGUUCAUGGCCCAGCUCUUCCACGACCGCAAGCAGCGCCAGGAGCGUUUGUCGGCCACCAAGGCCCAGCGAGCGAGCCUCGCCAACGUCGACUACCUGCGCCCCAUCAUUGCCGACGCCGACACGGGCCACGGCGGCCUGACCGCCGUCAUGAAGCUGACCAAGCUGUUCAUCGAGAAGGGCGCCGCCGGGAUCCAUAUCGAGGACCAGGCCCCCGGCACCAAGAAGUGCGGCCACAUGGCCGGCAAGGUGCUGGUGCCCAUUGGCGAGCACAUCAACCGCCUGGUUGCCAUCCGCGCCCAGGCCGACAUCAUGGGUUCGGACCUGCUGGCCAUCGCGCGCACUGACGCCGAGGCCGCCACGCUCAUCACCACGACCAUCGACCCGCGCGACCACGCCUUCAUCAUGGGCAGCACGAACCCGAACCUACAGCCGCUCAACGACCUGAUGAUAGCCGCCGAGCGCGCGGGCAAGACCGGGCCCGAGCUGCAAGCGAUCGAAGACGGCUGGAUGGCGCAGGCGCACCUAAAACGCUUCGACGACGCCGUGCUCGCCGCCAUCGCGGCCUCGCAACACCCAGACCCGAAAGGCCUCGCGCAACAAUACCGCUCUGCCACCCAAGGCAAACAACUCUCCAACAGCGAAGCGCGCGCCGUCGCCCGUGGCCUGCUCGGCGCCGACAUCUACUUCGACUGGGAAUCCCCGCGCACGCGCGAGGGCUACUACCGGCUGCAGGGCGGGUGCGACUGCAGCAUCAACCGGGCGGUGGCCUACGCGCCGUACUGCGACGCCAUCUGGAUGGAGAGCAAGCUGCCGGAUUUCGCGCAAGCCCAAGACUUCGCCGCGGGCGUGCACGCGGCGUUCCCAGAGAUGAAGCUCGCGUACAACCUCUCGCCAUCCUUCAACUGGAAGACGGCCAUGCCGCGCGCCGACCAGGAGACGUACAUCGCGCGGCUGGCGCAGCUGGGCUACUGCUGGCAGUUCAUCACGCUGGCGGGACUGCACACGACGGCGCUCGCGUCGGACAGGUUCGCGAGCGCGUAUGCGAAGCAUGGCAUGCGCGCGUACGGUGAGCUGGUGCAGGAGCCCGAGAUGGAUGCUGGGGUCGAUGUGGUCAAGCACCAGAAGUGGAGCGGCGCGACGUAUGUCGACGAGCUGCAGAAGAUGGUUACUGGUGGCGUCAGUUCGACGGCCGCGAUGGGGAGCGGUGUUACGGAGGACCAGUUCCAUUGA